GAGAGAAACUCAAGUAAUACCGACGAGGACCACGCGGCACAGAAGACGGACGAAGGCACGAGACAUGAUCCAAGGAUUGGGAUUAUUUAGGUUAAACCGUGAAGAGUUUGGAUCUGCGGGGAUGAUGCGUGCAGACAACAGUCCCAUAGACGUCCUUGUAACGUGUUUGGAAAGCGCGCUGUCCGUGGUGCUGAAAUCCGGUUUCUGUAUUUUCUCAAUGAAUGGCACUGACAGUAUCUGCACUCAGCCAGGUGCCUACGGAUACACUCCAAGCAACAUUCCCACAGGUAAUGGCUGUGAUAAGCGUGGAAGCCCUGACAGACAGCAGAUAAUAUGCCAUCGCAGUCGGCACGGCUCACGCUCUGUGGCACGACAUGGCACGCGUAAAGAUGAGUUUUUUCGCUCUCCUGUGUCUCCCCGCAUGCCUCGUGAUCACCCGCAGCAGCGGCAGCAUCCACGAGAGAUCGGUGGUGCCCCGCGCCGCGUCCCGUUCCGUGGCCCGCAUGGACGGGGACGUGAUCAUCGGCGCGCUCUUCUCUGUCCACCACCAGCCGUCUGCCGAGAAGGUGGCCGAGCGGAAGUGCGGGGACGUCCGGGAGCAAUACGGUAUCCAGCGGGUGGAGGCCAUGUUCCACACGCUUGACCGCAUCAACGCCGACCAACACCUGCUCCCCAACAUCAGCCUCGGCUGUGAGAUCCGGGACUCUUGCUGGCACUCCUCUGUUGCCUUGGAGCAGAGCAUCGAGUUUAUCCGGGACUCUCUCAUCUCGAUUCGGGAUGAUAAGGACGGUUCCAAAUGGUGCAUCGACGGAACCCCGUCCAACCAGCCACCGCCUUCAAAGAAACCCAUAGCAGGAGUAAUCGGCCCCGGAUCCAGCUCUGUGGCCAUUCAAGUGCAAAACCUUUUACAGUUAUUCAAUAUUCCACAGAUUGCCUACUCUGCCACAAGCAUCGACCUGAGUGACAAGACUUUGUUCAAGUACUUCCUAAGGGUCGUUCCUUCAGACACUCUGCAGGCCCGGGCCAUGCUGGACAUCGUCAAGCUUCAUAACUGGACCUACGUGUCUGCAGUCCACACUGAGGGAAACUAUGGGGAGAGCGGCAUGGAGGCCUUCAAGGAGCUGGCCUCUCAAGAGGGCCUGUGCAUCGCCCACUCGGACAAGAUCUACAGCAACGCCGGAGAGAAACACUUUGAUCGCCUUUUGGGGAAACUGAAGGAACGUCUGCCCAAAGCCCGUGUGGUGGUGUGUUUCUGCGAGGGCAUGACGGUCCGUAAUCUUCUGAUGGCUAUGAGGCGACAAAGGGUGCGUGGGGAAUUCCUCCUUGUUGGCAGCGAUGGAUGGGCUGACCGUUACGAAGUGGUGGAGGGCUACGAGGAGGAGGCGGAGGGAGGCAUCACCAUGAAGCUGCAGUCGGAGGUCGUGAAGUCCUUCGACAGCUACUACCUGAAGCUGCGUCUCGACAAGAACACCAGGAACCCCUGGUUCGCCGAGUUCUGGCAGUAUCGAUUCCAGUGUCGCCUUCCGGGGCAUCCGCAGGAAAACAAGAACUACAAAAAAGUCUGCUCUGGAAACGAGGGCCUGCAUGACAACUAUGUUCAAGACAGUAAGAUGGGCUUCGUCAUUAACGCCAUCUACGCCAUGGCUCAUGGCCUCCAUGAUAUGCACAAGGAGCUGUGCCCGGGCCAGACGGGACUCUGUGAGGCAAUGGAUCCAAUUGAUGGCAGCAAGCUGCUGGACUACCUGCUCAAGACGUCCUUCAGAGGAGUGUCAGGGGAGGAAAUUUACUUUGAUGAGAACGGAGACACCCCAGGCAGGUAUGACAUCAUGAAUCUCCAGAAUGUGGGUGGCGAUCGCUUCGACUACUUAAACGUAGGGUCCUGGCAUGAAGGCAUCCUUAACAUCGACGACAACAAGCUGUGGAUGAACAGCAGCGAGAUGGUUCGCUCGGUCUGCAGCGACCCCUGCUCCAAGGGACAGAUAAAGGUGAUAAGGAAAGGUGAAGUGAGCUGCUGUUGGAUUUGCACGACCUGCAAGGACAAUGAGUAUGUUCAAGAUGAGUUUACCUGCAAGGCCUGUGAGCUGGGAUGGUGGCCCGACGAAGAUCUCGCAGGCUGCCAGCCCCUGCCUCUGAAGUAUCUUGACUGGGCCGAUGUGGAAUCCAUCGUCGCAGUUGUUUUCUCCUGCGUUGGCAUCCUGAUCACCUCCUUUGUCACCUUCGUAUUCAUCCAGUACCGCGACACGCCUGUGGUUAAAUCCUCCAGCAGGGAACUCUGUUAUAUCAUCUUGGCAGGCAUAUUCUUGGGCUACAUCUGUCCGUUCACAUUAAUCGCUCGUCCCACCGUCGCCUCCUGCUACCUGCAGAGACUCUUGGUAGGCCUCUCUUCUGCCAUGUGCUACUCUGCUCUGGUGACUAAAACAAACCGAAUUGCUCGUAUUCUGGCUGGCAGCAAGAAGAAGAUCUGCACCAGGAAACCGCGCUUCAUGAGUGCCUGGGCCCAGGUCAUCAUUGCCUUUAUGCUUAUCAGCGUGCAGCUAACUCUUGAGAUAACGCUCAUUAUUCUGGAGCCUCCCGAGCCCAUCAAAUCGUACCCAAGCAUACGUGAGGUCUACCUCAUCUGCAACACCAGCAACGUAGGCAUGGUGGCGCCGCUGGGCUACAACGGCCUACUUAUCAUGAGCUGCACCUACUAUGCCUUCAAGACGAGGAACGUCCCUGCCAAUUUCAAUGAGGCCAAAUAUAUUGCCUUUACAAUGUACACUACCUGCAUCAUCUGGCUUGCCUUCGUGCCAAUCUAUUUCGGCUCAAACUACAAGAUCAUAACCACGUCUUUCUCCGUCAGCCUGAGUGUAACGGUAGCGCUGGGGUGCAUGUUCACGCCCAAGAUGUACAUUAUCAUCGCCAAGCCAGAGAGAAACGUCCGAAGCGCCUUCACCACAUCCGACGUGGUGCGAAUGCAUGUCGGCGACGGGAAGUCUGCGGCUCAGUGCGGGAGCAACAGCUUCCUUAACAUGUUCCGUCGGAAGAAGGCGAUUUCCGGAAAUGCCAAUUCUAAUGGCAAGUCUGUGUCAUGGUCUGAAUCAGGUCCCAGACACCCUCCGAGGGGGGGGAAUGUGUGGCACAGACUGUCUGUGCAUGUGAGGAAACAGGAAGCCGGCUCGAAUCAGACAGCGGUCAUCAGGCCCCUAACUAACACCCCCGACCCCCACAGUUGUGAGCCCUCCACCGGCAACCAUGGCACAGACCCCCAACCUCCACAGGACACGCCUGGCACCAAGCCGCCUCCGUGCAAUAAGGCGGAAGAAGACGACCAGGGGGAUGCACAUCGCCCCCUCUGGACUCCGACUUGCUCGGAACAGACGCAACAAGGACUGGAAUUUGAUUUAGAUGAGCCGGCUUCUAAUUUGCCCUGCGACUUGACACGCCCCACCCGCGAGUGCUUGGAGGGGGCGUUGUUGAACACACACAGCUCUCACGUUCCUGCACUAAAAAGCUGCACUUCCUUUGAGCAAAUUCCUGCCAAUGAGCCUUUGAGCCUGACACCCUCUCAGUUUCCUUCAGACCCAAGACUGGGGGAAUUUGAGGACGAAGGGUCUGAGGAUGAGGAGCUGGACCUCUUGCACAGCUACAUUUACGACGCCAAGGAGGAGGGGGAGGGGGAUGAAGGAGAAGGUGAGGAUUUAACUCCAAAUAAGACCAUUCUGGAAGAUUCUCUGGCUCUGUCUCCCCCCUCUCCCUUCAGAGACUCGCUGUGUUCAGGGGAUUCGGCGAACGGCUCCCCCAUCAUCGAUUCCAUGCUCGGUAGCUCGGUCUACACCUCAAAUAUCCUCCAAAACUUUGCACACAGCUCCUCAACACUGUGAGAGCAGAGCCGGCGAAGUCAAUGGACCUUUCUUUAGAAACAUCCAGAUACACACAAACUGCUUUUCAAAUUUUUCAUUAGGUGAUUUGCUCGCUUGAGUUUAUUUCUUUUAUUCGUAGGUGAGUUAAAAAAAGAAAAAGAAAAAAAGAGAAGCUUAAGGAUAAAUAUAUGAGGAAUUAUUUACUGUAAAAGCGCUUUUGGAAAAAGCUGUUAUUGCACAUGUUGUUUUUUUGUUUUUUUUUUCAAGAAGGAAGAGUGCCAAAACCAAUCAGAGGCUUGUGCUACGAAGCAGGUUUAUUGGCUUAUUGAAGUAGUUUAGGCUUCCAGAUAAGAUUUCUACAGAUGUGUGAAUAAUUUAAAAGGACAGAGGUGACUGAUCAGCAAAGCAGUGUCUUCUGUCUCUCUCUAAAUUUGUUUCAAUGAGAUGCUGUUCAUAAAGUGCAUCCCACCAGAAUUGAUAUUUAUCUAUACGUAUAACACAGACUGAAGCAUCCAAAGUUUUUGCUUAAAUAUUAAAGAAUCUUUAAUUACAUAAUGUGACGUUGUAGAUCCUAAAUGACUGAAAAUGAACUUGGACAUUUACAAUACCCCAUUACCUGGAAUGUAUGAUUUUUAACUUGAAUAGUAUUUAGGGUAAAGUGUGUGGAACAAUCAUUUUCUUAAUAUUUCAGUUUUCUCUCAGGUCUCAAUAACAGGAAGCACCUGCCCUGCAAACACUGGAUAUCCGACUUUUAAACAUAUUAAGGGAGUAUUAAAACAUUCUUUUACACACAUAUUUAAUUUCUCACUUUUCAACUACAUGAUCUUGCUUUUUCGAUUAGUGGAUCUCAUUUGGUCUGACUUCAGGUACCACCAACAAACCUUAAUGACAACACAUGACCUAAAUGACGUCAACUCCUCAACAAUUUGGAAUAAAAAUAUGCAAUUUGGACCUUACAUGGUAAAAUGGGUUGAUACAGUAUACACACGCACACACACGCACGCGC